UAGCCAUGUAGCAGCCGCAGAUGGCAGCAGACGAAAAUGGCAUCUUCUGUGACUGUGGACGUGGAAGACGAAACUAUUUUGACCGCUGUUUUUAAGGAUUCUUUUCCAGAAUCAUGGAGGGAAAAUCCAGACUUUGCCCUAUACCUUACAGAACUGAGCUCAUAUGGAGUGGACAAAUUAUCUCGGGAGCCAGAGAGAUUAUCAGAUGACAGGUCGCAGGUUCUCCAGCAGACUCAAGAACUAGCUUUCGAUAACUACAAGACAUUCAUUGAAACAGCUGACUGCUCGAGGGAGAUUGUGGAAGAUUUUGCAGUUGUAGAGCAACACCUGAAUAAUCUAUUGGACAAACUACCAGACUUCAGCGAAGGAUGCAAUCAGUUCCUGAAGGAGGCCCAACAGAUCAGCUCGAGCCGGAGAAUGAACUCGCUGACGCUUUCCAAACACACUCAACUUCUGGAGAUCCUUGAAAUACCUCAACUCAUGGAUACCUGCGUGAGGAAUGCUUACUAUGAUGAGGCCUUAGAGCUGGCAGCGUACGUCAAACGGUUGGAGAAGAAGCAUGCUAGCAUACCUGUUAUAAAGAACAUUGUUGAAGAGGUUCAUUCCUCCAGUCAGCUGAUGUUAAACCAGCUAAUCCAGCAGAUGCGUUCAGCCAUCCAGCUUCCCGCAUGCUUGCGUCUGAUUGGCUACCUCCGUCGUAUGGAUCUCUUUACGGAGGCGGAGCUUAGGAUCAAAUUUCUCCAGGCCAGGGAUGCGUGGUUCCAGGGCAUACUAUCAGCAUUACCAACGGAUGAUGCUUACCAGCACAUCACAAAAGUGAUUGAAGCAAGUAGAGUACACCUCUUUGACAUCGUAACCCAGUAUCGUGCCAUCUUUUCCGAUGACGACCCCAUCUUAUCGGCCAGUCACGAUUCUAUUACCAAUGAAGCAGCUCUCUUCCAAGGAUGGGUUGUUGAAAAGGUGUCCCAGUUCCUACACACCCUUGAGGUCGACCUUGAACACGGCAUCGGUAACCGAUUAGACUCCCUACUUGGCCAGUGUAUGUACUUUGGGUUAUCGUUCAGUCGGGUAGGUGCAGACUUCAGAGGCCUCCUAGCUCCUAUCUUCCAGAGAGCGACGCUGCACGGCUUUCUAGCAACUUUGAAAACAGCAUCAGAGAGGUUUGAACAAGAUAUGCAGUCAUACACACCUGUUGCUUCACAAGCUUUCCUUGCUAUGUCAUCAGUGUCUAUCCCAGGACACCAGAGUGAUGGAGCCAACAUUCCACCACCAUCUCUCAUGGAGCAUCCGCCUCUAGCAGCUUACACCAAUUGCAUACUAACGGGACUGAAUGAUCUUAGGCUGUGUGCUCCCGUAGCUGUCGCUCAUCAUGUUUCGCAGUCACUGCAGCAAUCGCUGAACACUAUUGUCAAUGCUAUCGUUGCCUUUCAUAGAGCGGAGGAGAGUACAUUUAACCAGCGAGAACAGGAUCAGUUCAUUUCAUUCUGUGAGGCCGCUAGCAGUCAGAUGGUUCCGUUUCUUAAUAGAUGUCUGAUCUCAUUGUUUCCACUGUCAGUCAUUGCUCAGACCAUUGGCCUAUCUACAAUUGAAUUACAGAAGAUGGGACAUGUCGGAUCUCUUGAUAUUGCCUCCAUCGUCGAGUCCCUACGAUUGCUCAUACCUCAGAAGGAAGAACCGAUCAAAGAUGUGGAGGAGAUGGAAGAUGAGAAAAAGGGAAAGGAAGAGAUGAAGAUUGAUGUGAUUCCUGAAGCAGCUGAAGAACAGACAGAGCAAAGUGAUCAUGUCAGCGAAGAAGAGACAACGAAGGAAACAGAAGACCCAUCAGAAGAACAAGAUACCGAUGCCAUAAAAGAACCUGAAGAGGACAAUCCCAGCUCAUGAUAAUGAAUAAUAAUUUUGGAUUUGUAUAGCGCACGUAUCCACCUUGCUAGGUGCUCAAGGCGCUCCUACAUUACCCCGGCUAAGCUAGUCUACCGAUUCCGUUGUGCAUAGCUUUUUGAGGAAUUAUUUCCUGCUGGUACCCAUUCACCUCACCUGGGUUGAGUGCAGCACAAUGUGGGUAAAUUUCUUGCUGAAGGAAAACAAUCCAUGGCUGUGUAUUGUAGACGUGUGUAUGGUGGCCCUGAAAUACGUUUGGUAACCGGUAAUAUUACUGUCAAUCUCAUUUCCAUUUGAUGGUUGGAAAUUAGACAAUCGUUGCCACAAUAUCAAUGUGGUUCAGAUCAGUUCGUAUCUUGCUUAUUGGUUAACUACACGGGUAAACCUGAUUGUAAGAUUAUCAUGAUCCAAAUAUUUAAACUUUUGAUCCUAAUGCAAGUGGAAUUUGGCUAAAAGAUUUGCCUCCAAAUUUUUGACUGUACACUUCAGGGAUAUGAACCUGUCUGAUCUUCACCGGAAGUGACGUUGCGGCGAAGAAUUGGGUCAUAAACUCUUUGAAGUUUGUAUCGGCCCCCGUCGCACAGGACUUUAUGGUGAUCUUCCGGUGAAGAUCACACGGGUCAUAUCCCUGCAGAAGACUGAAGGGCUGAAGGGCACAGUCGAAAAUUUGGAGGUAAAUCUUUUUGCCAAAUUUUAUUUGCAUUUAUUAGGAUCAAAAGUUUAAAUUUUUUUAUUGUUUCACCAAUGCAGUUCAACUUUCAUUCAAAGAUUAUUAUGACUUAAGCAAUUCAAGAAUUUAACUGGUUUUUGCCAUAGUAAUAGAAUACAACUUGAGUUCUCAUGACAUUACAGUGUCAAAUACCUUGUUUGAAAGUCCAGACACUCAAUUUUAUGUAACAAGCAGAUAGCAGACUAUUCAUGUAAUGGAAAUAUGACAGGAUCACCCAUAUGUAUGUUCUGAUCGUCCUGUAUUAUUUUUGUUACUUCUGAAUAUAGUAAUUACAUGCAGUUUGUAUAUAUUAUUAUAUGUAUAUAAAAGAUUAUUAGUAGUAAAUGUCAUAUUCUAUUCAUAUUCUCUAAUAGUGGAAAGGGAUUUACUCUACAUGUAUUUAUCAUGUAUAAAACUGGAUGACUGUACAAGUAAUGGAAUAUAUCAGAAUAGUUUCUUUUUUACAGACUUAUUGGCCCGAAUUCACAAAGGUGGUUUUAAAAACCAUCAGUUGAACCCAUGGUUUAUGCAGAUUUCCUGUAUAAAUUAUGCUUAUCGCGUAUAUUAAAAAUGUCCAAUGUUGAUGCGCGCUUUUGUCAGUGUGCCAAAUUGAUGCAUGUUAUUGUGGUCAUCCAUGCUAUUUUAUUGAUGAGUCCACUGUUUGAAGAGUGGACUCAUUAAUUCAAAUGUCAAAACAGUGGACUCAUGAAUAAAAUAGGAUGGAUAACCACAGCAACAGGCGUCAAUUUGGCGCACUGUGACAAAAGUGUGCAUCAGCAUUGGACAUUUUUUAAUUUACACGGUCAAUACGCGUAAUUUAUACAGGAAAUCUGCAUAACCAUGGGUUCAAACGAUGGUUUUGAAAACCACCUUUGUGAUUUUGGGCCAUUAAUAUUGGAGAUGAGAACCAUUUGUGUAAUAUUAUUUAGGCUACAAGUUCCUUCUUGUGCCAAAAAAAAUGCUAUGUCAGGUAAUCAAUCACCAAAUCUCCAACCUACUUGUAGAAAUACAGUACAUGCCUGGUAAAGUUGCCAAAGUCAAUCUCAAAGUCAAAUUUUCACCUAUAAAGUUAAAAUAAUUUUAGACCAGGGCCCGUCUUACAAAGUUCAAUUGAUUCAAUCAAUCAUAACUAUGGAAAUCCAUCUGUGUCAUAAUUUUUUAUACAGAAAAUUUGCAAAAUGUCAUUUGUAAACAAAGGAGAACAUACCAAAUUGUCAAGAAAUCAAUUAAUGCAUGGAUAUACAUUCAUAUGUAGGGAAAAAUUUUGAGCAAACAAGUAUUUUAUAAACAUGUUGACUUCACCGGCUUUCCAUAGUUGCCAUUGAUCGGAUAAAUCACAACUCUAUGUAAGACGGACCUCAGAUUUUUCAAAAUGCAUGUAUGCAUGUGUUAUAUACCUCCUCUUAGUUUACAAAUUUGUGUGGGUCCAAAAGAUCCGAUUUAGGUAGAGUAACCUGUACAACGCUUUGGCCUAGAUGAUUGUAUUGCCAUGUGUUUAAUAUGGACACAAAUAACACAUUGAAAACACUAACCGACUUAGUGCGGAGGUUCGACUUACUAUUUUCUUUAUAGCAUCUUGAGGCAUAUAAAAAAAUAUAUUGUCUUUGAAAUGGAAUCUUUGUAAACUGGAUAUGUUUUCAUCUUUGUUCAGUAUUUAUAUAUGUACAGGUCCUCGCAUUGAAUAAUGUGAGUUAUUCUUUUGAAAUAAAACAGAAUCAUAUAAAUGAGACAA